GGAUGAAAAGAUGGCAAUGUUGCCUCCCCCAGGACCUCAGAGCUUUGUCUUCUUCACAAAACAGUCUCUUGCCCUCAUUGAACAACGUAUUGCUGAAGGAAAAACAAAGGAACCCAAAGAAGAAAAGAAAGACGAUGAUGAAGAAGGGCCAAAGCCAAGCAGUGACUUGGAAGCCGGCAAACAGCUGCCCUUCAUCUAUGGGGACAUCCCUCAGGGCAUGGUUUCAGAGCCCCUGGAGGACCUGGAUCCUUACUAUGCAGACAAAAAAACUUUCAUAGUGUUGAACAAAGGGAAAGCAAUCUUCCGUUUCAAUGCCACACCUGCUUUGUACAUGCUCUCUCCUUUCAGUCCUCUCAGAAGAAUAUCUAUUAAGAUUUUAGUACACUCCGCAUUCAGCAUGCUUAUCAUGUGCACUAUUCUGACGAAUUGCAUAUUUAUGACCAUGAGUAACCCUCCAGAUUGGACCAAGAAUGUAGAGUACACUUUUACUGGAAUAUAUACUUUUGAAUCACUUGUAAAAAUCCUUGCAAGAGGCUUCUGUGUGGGAGAAUUCACCUUCCUUCGUGACCCUUGGAACUGGCUUGAUUUUAUUGUCAUCGUUUUUGCGUAUUUAACAGAAUUUGUAAACCUAGGCAAUGUUUCAGCUCUUCGAACUUUCAGAGUGUUGAGAGCUUUGAAAACUAUUUCUGUAAUCCCAGGCCUGAAGACCAUCGUAGGGGCCCUGAUCCAGUCUGUGAAGAAGCUUUCUGACGUCAUGAUCCUGACUGUGUUCUGUCUGAGCGUGUUUGCACUGAUUGGGCUGCAGCUCUUUAUGGGCAACCUGAAGCAAAAAUGUGUGCGGACUCCACUUGAAAAUAAUGAAACAAUAGAAAGCAUAUUGAAUACUCUCGAUGAAGAAGACUAUGGAAAAUAUUUUUAUUACUUGGAGGGAUCCAAAGAUGCUCUCCUUUGUGGUUUCAGCACCGAUUCAGGUCAGUGUCCAGAAGGGUACACCUGUGUGAAGGUUGGCAGGAACCCUGAUUAUGGCUACACGAGCUUCGAUACUUUCAGUUGGGCCUUCUUAGCCUUGUUUCGGCUAAUGACCCAGGACUACUGGGAAAACCUUUACCAACAGACACUGCGUGCUGCUGGGAAAACCUACAUGAUCUUCUUUGUUGUGGUGAUUUUCCUGGGAUCAUUUUAUCUAAUAAACUUGAUCCUGGCUGUGGUUGCCAUGGCCUAUGAAGAACAGAACCAGGCAAACAUCGAAGAAGCUAGGCAGAAAGAGUUAGAAUUUCAACAGAUGUUAGAUCGACUUAAAAAAGAGCAAGAGGAAGCUGAGGCAAUAGCAAUGGCAGCAGCUGAAUAUACAAGCAUUGAGAGAAGCCGGAUAAUGGGCCUCUCCGAGAGUUCUUCCGAAACAUCCAAACUGAGCUCUAAAAGUGCUAAAGAAAGAAGAAACAGAAGAAAGAAAAAGAGUCAAAAGAAACUCUCCAUUGGGGAAGAAAAGGGAGAUGGUGAGAAAUUGUCCAAAUCGGAAUCCGAGGAGAGCAUCAGGAGAAAAAGUUUCCACCUUGGUGUUGAAGGUCAUAGGCGAGCACGUGAAAAGAGAUUGUCUACCCCUAACCAGUCACCACUCAGCAUUCAUGGCUCCUUGUUUUCUGCAAGGCGAAGCAGCAGAACAAGUCUUUUUAGUUUCAAAGGUCGAGGAAAAGAUAUUGGAUCUGAGACUGAAUUUGCCGACGAUGAGCAUAGCAUCUUCGGGGACAACGAGAGCAGAAGGGGCUCACUGUUCGUGCCCCACAGACCUCGGGAGCGGCGCAGCAGUAAUAUCAGCCAAGCCAGUAGGUCCCCCCCCGUGCUGCCGGUGAACAGGAAGAUGCACAGCACCGUGGACUGCAAUGGUGUGGUCUCCUUGGUAGAUGGACCCUCAGCCCUCAUGUUCCCCAAUGGACAGCUUCUGCCAGAGGUGAUAAUAGAUAAGGCAACUUCUGAGGACAGUGGUACAAACAAUCAAAUACACAAGAAAAGACGUUCCAGUUCUUACCUCCUUUCUGAGGAUAUGUUGAAUGAUCCCAAUCUCAGACAAAGGGCAAUGAGUAGGGCAAGCAUAUUAACAAACACUGUAGAAGAACUCGAGGAGUCCAGGCAAAAAUGUCCACCUUGGUGGUACAGAUUUGCACACACAUUCUUGAUCUGGAAUUGCUCUCCAUAUUGGAUAAAAUUCAAAAAACUUAUCUAUUUUAUUGUAAUGGAUCCUUUUGUAGAUCUUGCUAUUACCAUUUGCAUAGUUUUAAACACACUGUUCAUGGCUAUGGAACAUCACCCAAUGACUGAUGAAUUCAAGAACGUGCUCACUGUGGGAAAUUUGGUCUUUACUGGCAUCUUUGCAGCUGAAAUGGUUUUAAAACUAAUUGCCAUGGAUCCAUAUGAGUACUUCCAAGUAGGAUGGAAUAUUUUUGACAGUCUUAUUGUGACUUUAAGCUUAGUGGAGCUUUUUCUAGCAGAUGUGGAAGGAUUGUCAGUUCUACGAUCAUUCAGACUGCUCCGAGUUUUCAAGUUGGCAAAAUCUUGGCCAACACUGAACAUGCUGAUCAAGAUCAUUGGUAACUCAGUGGGGGCUCUGGGUAACCUCACCUUGGUGUUGGCCAUCAUCGUCUUCAUUUUUGCCGUGGUUGGCAUGCAGCUCUUUGGUAAGAGCUACAAAGAAUGUGUCUGUAAGAUCAAUGAAGACUGCAUACUCCCACGCUGGCACAUGAAUGACUUCUUCCACUCCUUCCUGAUUGUGUUCCGAGUGUUGUGUGGAGAGUGGAUAGAGACCAUGUGGGACUGCAUGGAGGUCGCCGGUCAAGCCAUGUGCCUUAUUGUUUACAUGAUGGUCAUGGUCAUUGGAAACCUGGUGGUCCUCAACCUAUUUCUUGCUUUAUUAUUGAGCUCAUUUAGUUCAGACAAUCUUACAGCAAUUGAAGAAGACACUGAUGCAAACAACCUCCAGACUGCAGUGGCUAGAAUUAAGAAGGGAAUAAAUUAUGUGAAACAAACCUUACGUGAAUUUAUUCUAAAAGCAUUUUCCACAAAGCCAGAGAUUUCCAGAGAGAUAAGCCGAAAAGAAGAUCUAAAUUUUAAGAAGGAAAACUACAUCUCUAACCACACACUUGCUGAAAUGAGCAAGGAUCACAAUUUUCACAAAGAAAAAGAUAAAACCAGUGGUUUUGGAAACAGCAUGGACAAAUACUUGGUGGAAGAAAGUGAUUGUCAAUCAUUUAUUCAUAAUCCCAGCCUCACAGUGACAGUGCCAAUUGCACCUGGGGAAUCUGAUUUGGAAUUUAUGAAUACUGAGGAACUUAGCAGUGAUUCAGAUAGUGAAUACAGCAAAGGGAGGCUGAACGGAUCGAGUUCCUCUGAGUGCAGCACAGUUGAUAACCCUGUGCCAGGAGAAGGAGAGGAAGCAGAGGCUGAGCCUGUAAAUUCAGAUGAGCCAGAGGCCUGUUUUACAGAUGGUUGUGUGCGGAGGCUCCCAUGCUGCCAAAUUAACACAGAAUCAGGGAAAGGAAAAAUCUGGUGGAACAUCAGGAAGACCUGCUAUCGGAUAGUUGAGCACAGUUGGUUUGAAAGCUUCAUUGUUCUCAUGAUCCUGCUCAGCAGUGGUGCUCUGGCUUUUGAAGAUAUAUAUAUUGAAAAGAAGAAGACCAUUAAGAUUAUCCUGGAGUAUGCUGACAAGAUAUUCACUUACAUCUUUAUUCUGGAAAUGCUUCUAAAAUGGAUAGCAUAUGGUUAUAAAACCUAUUUCACCAAUGCCUGGUGUUGGCUGGAUUUCUUAAUUGUCGAUGUUUCUUUGGUUACUUUGGUCGCAAACGCUCUUGGCUACUCAGACCUUGGCCCCAUUAAAUCCCUUCGGACACUUAGAGCUUUAAGACCUCUGAGAGCUUUAUCUAGAUUUGAAGGAAUGAGGGUGGUCGUGAAUGCACUCAUAGGUGCAAUCCCUUCCAUCAUGAAUGUGCUACUUGUGUGUCUUAUAUUCUGGCUAAUAUUUAGCAUCAUGGGAGUAAAUUUGUUUGCUGGCAAGUUCUAUCAGUGUGUUAACACCACAGAUGGGUCACCGUUUCCUACAAGUGAAGUUGAAAAUCGUUCUGAGUGUUUUGCACUUAUGAAUGUUAGCCAAAAUGUGCGAUGGAAGAACCUGAAAGUGAACUUUGAUAAUGUUGGACUUGGUUACCUGUCUCUGCUUCAAGUUGCAACAUUUAAAGGAUGGAUGGAUAUUAUGUAUGCAGCAGUUGAUUCUGUUAACGUAGACAAGCAGCCCAUAUAUGAAUACAGCCUCUACAUGUAUAUUUAUUUUGUCAUCUUCAUCAUCUUUGGGUCAUUCUUCACCUUGAACUUGUUCAUUGGGGUCAUCAUAGAUAACUUCAACCAACAGAAAAAGAAGCUUGGAGGUCAAGAUAUCUUUAUGACAGAAGAACAGAAGAAAUAUUAUAAUGCAAUGAAAAAGCUGGGAUCCAAGAAACCACAAAAGCCAAUACCUCGUCCGGGGAACAAAUUCCAAGGAUGUAUAUUUGACCUAGUAACAAACCAAGCUUUUGAUAUCGCCAUCAUGGUUCUUAUCUGCCUCAACAUGAUAACCAUGAUGGUAGAAAAAGAGGGACAAAGUGCAUACAUGACUGAAGUUUUAUAUUGGGUCAAUGUGGUUUUUGUUAUCCUUUUCACUGGAGAAUGUGUGCUGAAACUGAUCUCCCUCAGAUGCUACUACUUCACUGUAGGAUGGAACAUUUUUGAUUUUGUGGUUGUGAUUCUCUCCAUUGUAGGUAUGUUUCUAGCAGAUUUGAUAGAAAGGUAUUUUGUGUCCCCUACCCUGUUUCGAGUGAUCCGUCUUGCCAGGAUUGGCCGAAUCCUCCGUCUGAUCAAAGGGGCCAAGGGGAUCCGCACGCUGCUCUUUGCAUUGAUGAUGUCCCUUCCUGCGUUGUUUAACAUCGGCCUCCUGCUCUUCCUGGUCAUGUUCAUCUACGCCAUCUUUGGAAUGUCCAACUUUGCCUAUGUUAAAAAGGAAGCUGGAAUUAAUGACAUGUUCAACUUUGAGACCUUUGGCAACAGCAUGAUCUGCCUGUUCCAGAUUACCACCUCUGGUGGCUGGGAUAGAUUGCUAGCACCUAUUCUCAACAGUGCACCACCUGAUUGUGACCCCAGAAAAGUUCAUCCUGGAAGCUCAGUUGAAGGAGACUGUGGGAACCCAUCUGUGGGGAUAUUCUAUUUUGUCAGUUACAUCAUCAUAUCAUUUCUGGUCGUGGUGAACAUGUACAUCGCUGUCAUUCUGGAGAACUUCAGUGUUGCCACUGAAGAAAGUACUGAGCCGCUGAGUGAGGAUGACUUUGAGAUGUUCUAUGAGGUUUGGGAGAAGUUUGAUCCCGAUGCCACCCAAUUUAUAGAAUAUAGCAAACUCUCUGAUUUUGCAGCUGCCCUGGAUCCUCCUCUUCUCAUAGCAAAACCAAACAAAGCCCAGCUCAUUGCCAUGGAUCUGCCCAUGGUCAGUGGGGACCGGAUCCAUUGUCUUGACAUCUUAUUUGCUUUUACAAAGCGUGUUUUGGGUGAAAGUGGAGAGAUGGACUCUCUUCGUUCACAGAUGGAAGAAAGGUUCAUGUCUGCAAAUCCUUCUAAAGUGUCCUAUGAACCCAUCACAACUACACUAAAACGAAAACAGGAAGAUGUGUCUGCUACUGUCAUUCAGCGUGCUUACAGACGUUAUCGCUUACGGCAAAAUGUCAAAAACAUAUCAAGUAUAUACAUAAAAGAUGGUGACGGAGAUGAUGAUUUGCCCAAUAAAGAAGAUAUGGUUUUUGAUAACGUUAAUGAGAACUCAAGUCCAGAAAAAACAGAUGGAACUCCAUCCACCAUCUCUCCACCUUCAUAUGAUAGUGUAACAAAACCAGACAAAGAGAAAUAUGAAAAAGACAAAACAGAAAAGGAAGACAAAGGAAAAGAUGGCAAGGAAGGCAAAAAAUAG